UUUUCUUUUCCAGACCUCUUUCCUCCCUCAGCCCUUUUCCGUCCCAGGAGGUAUGCCAUCCGACACUCACAGGCGCUCCCGCUUUGGGAACUUCGCAUCCAAAUUCGCUCCCCAUUCUGAUCCCCAGCGCCGUUCAUCUCACUCGGGGUCUCUUCUUUCCCCUCUCGAUCCCAACUCGCCGCAAUCAGGAUCAAAGGAAAACUACUACGGUAGACCAAGCUCGCCAACGUAUUCCGACCAGUUGUCAAGCAAUAACCACGGCCAACCUCAGGAAGUUUCAUACCGAAUCGACGACGACCUCGUUCCUCCUGUUGCUCCUUUUGCCCCUCAAGCCGACUCCGCACUUUCUUCUCGUAGGAGUAGUAUUUCAUUCCUUGCUGACAAGGACUCUCUCAAGAACCGAGCUUCAUCAUUAUCUCUAAACUACGUUCCUGCAAAAUUUACGCGUCUUCACGCGCCUGGUGACUACGCCCAUCGACGAAAGCAAGGUGGUGGUCGAGAUGCGUUUGCGUCCAAUGCCCAACGAAUGGGCCAAGUCGGUACUGUAGACGAUGAUGAGGGUGUUAUUUUUCAGAUCUCAGAGUCCGGUUUGAAAAGGAAGAAGCCAAAGCUUAGGUGGAAUCGGUUUAAAUGGGUUUUGUUUUUGGCGAAUAGUGUCCUUUUCAUUUACGGUAUGGCGACUCUUGUCUGCGCCAUCCUUGUCUGGCUCAACAUCUUUUACCAAUCCGACGUGAUUCGCGUUGGUAACCGUACUGAACUCAUCAUCUCAACUGUUGCGGCCUCGAUGAUCACAUUCACAUCACUUCUCGGAUUUGCUGGUAUCUUCUUAAACAACCGUACUUUCUUGGCCAUCUUUACUCUUUUACUAUGGGUCGACUUUGGUCUCCUUGUUGCCCCUGGCUACAUUACCUACAAGCAGAAGACAUUCAACCUGGAAGGAAAAAUCAACUCUCAAUGGUCUAGAUACCUUGGAACAGAGGGUCGAUUGAGAAUUCAGGAUGCCUUGCGAUGCUGUGGUUACUAUUCUCCCUUUGUCGAGGCUACCGUCUCUCCUCUUUGUUACUCUCGAUCCAAUUUCCCUGGUUGCAAGUCACAAUAUCUUCGUCUUGAACGUCGCGUUCUCGGAAUCUGGUUUACAGUGUCGUUUGCCAUUGUCCCCGCUCACCUUCUCAUUAUUCUUGCCGCUCUACUCUGCUCAAAUCACGUUACCUAUCGAUUCGGUAAGGGAUUAAUGCCCGAGAGAUACAGGUUGGAUCUGGGAAGUAUGGCGGUUAUUAUGGACGAAUAUGCCGGACAAAUUGCUGCUCAAUAUGGCCCCACUGUUGCCCAGGAGGCCGUGGAGAGAUCGUCUAUUAACCUUGCCACCCCCACCCCCUGCAGGUCCGAAUACGAUGUUUCCCUUCUUUCUGUUCCCAACUCCCGUCGCGGUUCCUCUUCGAACCUCGAGGCCAUGCGUCGCGGCGCCUUGCCUGGAAGUACUCGCGGUGUGUCAUUGUAUGACCCCUCGAACCCUAGAGCUAGUAUGGACCACAGGCCAGAGAGUUCUUUCGGUGGGAAUACUCAUAUCGCCAGCGGAAGUGGCAGUCACAACGGUAGUCAUCAGGCGGACGAGUCGGUGGCAUCCUUCUCAAAUGACGACCACCGUCGUCGAUAAGCUUCCUUUCGUUGCUUCAUUUACCCUGUAAUGGGAUGAGAAGCCAUGUAAACUCCACGCCCUAAUGAUACGGACAAUUGAUUGAUUUGACAUAUUAGACGAGAAUGGACACCAGCUGGUUGCAGUGCGGUGUUUUGACACGAUAUCAGCACGUUUCAUGCUAGUUACAUAGCGCAUGACAUAGUAGACACGGAGUGUGUGAUGAUUUAUGCUUUAUUACGAUUGCACUCUAGUCUCUUAGACAUUGGAUUUUGAUCAAGGCCAGGUCGUGACGGAGCAAUCUACAUGCGGUCGAGAUUCUAACCAAAGGCCUUGUAACAUCCAUCGGAUCAUCUUUUCAACCAACUAUCCUU